AUGGCGUCUGCCACCGGGAUUCCCCAGGAACAUCCUCAGACUAUCGAGGCCCGAGAAGACGAGCCGCUGUUGGGCAGACCGGGCGAUGUCGUCCAGAAAGAGGAUCAAUAUAUCAUCUACAAUCUAUUCACCGGAACGGCCAGCCUGGCGCAGUUUGGAAUAUGGAUUAUCGCCAUCCUGGUCUGGGCAGGUAUCUUCUCCCAUCCGCUGAUACUCUUCUCUGCCCAUCCGCUCCUGAACUCAUCUGCGCUGCUCCUCCAGGUGCAAGCUGCACUCAUCCUCCAACCCACUGCGACACCCCAGCAGAAGCUCAAAGGAGCGCGCAUCCAUUACAUCAUCCAGGCCGUCAGUGUGGCGACCUUUAUCGCGGGCUUCAUCGUCAUCGAAGUCAACAAGGGCAACCAUGCACGCUUUACCUCGCCUCACGGCGUGAUGGGCUUGAUUACCUACAGUCUCAUCAUCAUCCAGGCCGCCGGGGGCGUCAUCCAGUACUUUGUCCCGGUUCAGGUCUUGGGCAGUGUGGAGAAUGGUAAGAAGCUCUACAAGUAUCAUCGUCUGUCCGGGUAUGUCUUGCUGCUUCUCGAACUGGUGACUGUUGCCGCUGCCACGCGGACGACCUUCAACUUGACUGUGCUGUCGAUUCCGCUGUGGGCAGUGGCUGUGGGCGCGGUUCUGGUGAUCUCAGGCGUUGGAGCAAGAGUCAAGAAGCACAAGUUGGGCCUAUGA